AUGGCGUCACAUACACAUACAGGGCAGACACAACAACAGACUCAGAUGCAGACACAAACUCAUUUGGUUAGAGUGUAUGAUCCACAGGGUGUGGAGUUCUUGUGCGAGUUCAGACCGGAUAGAUCAUUCCAAGCACAUAUUAGACAUAUAUUUGGAAAUAUACUGGCGUAUACUCAACCUUUUAGAGGCUCAGCACUCAAUCUAAACGAUGGUCUGGUUGCCCUACAUUAUGGCCUGCAAGAGGCUUCUAGUGGCCAUUGGAUCGAAGACUCAAAAGAUGGCCGUUUGGCCAAAGAGAACAACUCAUUCUUCUUCAAACUUCGUCCACUUCAUGAAUAUAUAACGGCCGUCGAGAACUUACUGCCUCCAACAACAUUGCCAAUCAUCAACCCAACAACAUCACCAAUCCUUGGAUCCGCAGGUACCGCCAACGCGCCACAGCUACCAUCUCCACCCCCACCCCAAUCCAUUCGCAAUCACAUAGAGACGCAGAUCCAGACACAGCUGCGGAUGCGCACGGCUACAGCCGCCACCGUAUCGAUGACACCAAACACCAGGAUCAACAAGGUGGCGCUGCGCUCGGCCAUUGACAGCCUGCACACUCACCUGACGCUGCUGAUGAUGAAGGAGCGACGCACAAAGAACGACAUUGUGCACAUCAGCACCGACAACCUCUGCAAGAUCAUUCGCAUCAUCUUCCGCUCGCCGACACUCUGGGCUCUCAAUCUGCUCGUGGACUAUCUCCAUCGUUACAAUCUCAAGGUGGCCAGUGAGGACUUUGCCGAAACUUCACAUCCACGCAGCCAGACAAUGAAGGGCUCGGGUGCAGUGGCGGCCGGCAUCUUCAACACGAUGAUGUCCGCCUCCCCGCCCGACAUCUCGCCAACGUCGACACUUGGCCACCACGCGGGCAUCUCCACGUCACCGGGCCUGACGGGAGGCACGGGCAAGUCGCCACGCCCCGGCAUGGGCAAGCUCACACUGAACGGCAGUCGCGACACUGUCAACAACUCGCAUCACGACCUCUCCAGCAACAUAUCAUUGUUCACACUUGUCGACCAGGCCAUCAAGAUCUGCUCGACCGAGUUCAAGAAGAACUUCUAUCAACAUCUGUUUGAUCAGUACACUGAUCGCAGCACGCAGCAGAGUGGUUCGGACGGCCACGACUCUGGUUCAAUGUCCACGAACAGUAACAGUAACAGUGUCGUUGGCUCGAUGACCACGAAUAUAGAUGGCGAUGACAACAACAACAUAUUCACGGAUAUUGAUCUCAACCAGCACUUGGACGGCUCUCAACACAACGUUCUACAACGUGAGAUCAUUGUCCAAACGAUGAACUUGAUCAACAACAUCUAUUUAUUAGCAUCCAACCCUGUAAAUUACCUUGUUAAACUACACAAAGAGAAUGUCUUCAAGUCACUUGUCGAAUUGAAGAAUAAGGAUCCAAUCAUUGCAGAGAGCGUACAUUAUUCGAUAUUGAGGAACAACUUGAUCAAUGAGUUGAGACAACAGAGAUUGGAGGUGUUGGAUGCCGAGAGUAUACAGCAUCAGAUAUUGUUCUCAGACUUGUGGGCAACGAGUUUGGUCUCAUAUCCAUACGCAGGCACCAGCUCAUACCGUUGGCUGCAGAUUGGCUUCAGAGGCGCCAACCCCGUCGACGACCUGGGCGCAACCGGCACGCUGGCACUACGCAAUCUAAUCUACAUGGCCAAGCACAAUCAAUCGAUAUUCAGACAUAUACUGAUGCUACAGACUGAGCGUGAGAUGCUGGCCAACGAGGACAUGACCGUGCCAUCCUCCUACCCGCUGGCCGUCGUGGGCAUUGCCAUCACUCACACGCUGGCCAACCUGUUCAAGAUCAAGGCAGAGAGCAACAGUCCGUCGGCCACCUCCUUCCGUGAGGGUUUCACUAGGCCCCAUCACCAAGACGACGAAGUGCCUGGCGACACUCUUUGGGACAUAGCAUUCAGUGACUCUGAAUGGUUUGACAAGUGUUACAUCACAGCCAUGCACCUGUUCGAAUCCCUGUGGACCGUCAGAUCACAGUCCUACACCGACUUCCAGAUGAUCCUUGGCACGACUCAGUUCAUAUUGGAAAAGGCGAUGGAGGUCUUCCCCAAGUCAAUCAAAGAGGUGACAACAUUAAUUGAGGAACAACUGUCCAAUGAAUACAUGGGCACUAAGCUUGUUCAGCGAUUCAGACAACUCUGUACCACAACAACGCCAACCAACAGCGAAACCAAGUUCUCAUGCAAGCAUCUCAUCACAUUCUUUGGCGAGUGCAUUGAGCCUGAGCAAGGUCUAUACCAAUAUCUUCCAACUCAUUUAUCCACAAGCAGUAAUCAGGACCAAUCAGUCAAUGAGAGGAAUAUAAGAAUUAAUGCGUUCAUGGGACCAUGGUUACUCAAUGAACAGGUUGAGUAUAAUGAGAAGGUUCGCGCGUCUGUGGCGAUACAGGCAUCACUCCUUACAGCAUCUUUGAAGAACAUGGGCGCCAAUGCAAGUGGAGCUGGAGGAGUGGGUGGCAUCAACAACAGUAGCAAUGCAGUUGGCGCCAAUGAUGCCAACCUCACCAACUCGAACAACAAUAACAAUGGCGAUGGCAACAGCAGCAUCAACACAAGCCCAUUGAUGUCCAGUGGCAAUGGAAACCAAGUGGACAACACAGCAAGGAUACAUAAGUUGAACAAGUUCUUUGGCGAGAAGGUACCAAUACCAAAGAUUGCCAACCUAUCGUCGUCCAUCGACUCUAUGCCGGUGGGAUCGGGACCGGGAUCGUUGUCCCCACCUGUAUCACCAUCAACGUCUCCAGGCCUACCCGAUGACGACUCAAGACAUCAUCGACCGGACAAGGUACAACGUAUACUUGGCGAGAACAUCGAUGUGAAGAAGGAGAGGGAGGCGCUCAACUUUGCACCUCAGCCACAUCACGUCAGGGAGAGCAAGUUGCAAAAGUUGUUUGGCGAGGUCAUCCCUGCCCAGAAGCUGCCGCCCAAGUCAACUACGACGACCACACAGACAGCAACACAGCCGACACAGACACCGGCACAGGCAGCACCGACAACGAUUCAGAACUCACCAUCUUCACCUUCACAAUCACCACCAUCUCACUCACCUCCAGCGACACACAUUCAUCCUUCCUCGCGCGACACUGACAAGUCAUCACUGUGGAAGAAGGGAACAACCAGCAAAUCAACCUACCACGCAUCAGUCAUCAUCCCAUUGUCAUCCAGCGCGAACAACCUCACCAACUCGACCGACAACAGUCCAUCAUCAUCACCUGUCAUCGAGCACCACCAGCCUGGCCAUGGACAGGGUGCCGGUUCGCCACCAGUUGGCUCGCCACCAACAGAGUCGCUACAGCAGCCAUUACCAUCACCAUCCCAUCCAGACCUGGAAAUGGACUCGGACAUACCAGAGAUCAUUCAACCAUCUGGCGCAGUGUCGGCAUUGGUAGAGGACAUACCUCCUUCAUGCAGGGCGUCAAUCAACAGUUCAAUAGGCGCACACAUGAUGGACGAGUUGGAUUACAUUGGAGAUGAGACGAACAAUGUGAUUGGCGACCGUCGAUCAAUCCACCAACUGAACCUAUUCUAUAACCAACGAUUCGACAAUGAGUCUGAUGUCGCCAUGUUGUCGCCCACAUCACCAUUGAAGAGGUCGGCGCAGUCUGACGUCAACACAUACACACAAGACAAGCAAGAGACACAGCCCAGCAUGGUCGAUGUUGUUGAUAAUCAAUCACCAAAGAGUCCACAAUCAAUCAAGAGUAGUAGUAGUCCAGACCGACAUGUCAUAGCUCCACCCAUACCACCAAAGUCAGCCAGUCCACCUCUUUCAUCACUAUCACCAGUACAAUCACAUUCCACAGUCCUAAAGCCAGUCAACACCAACGCACAACCAUCACCAGCAAUCAAGUCACUUCAACCAAAUCCAAAUCCACAACAUCCACAUCCACAUCCACUUCCACCAACACAAACAAUCAAGAAGGCACCUCCCAAGAUUGUAGCGCGUACUCCACAAACAACAACAUCAACACAAUCAACGACGACCACGACAACUACAACGACACAACCACAGAAUGUGAUUGAGAGACCAAAGAGACAACAAGUCAAUGUUGUGCAAGACCCAAAGUUGUUGGCUUCCAAUGAUCACUCCCCAUCAGUAUCAUCAUUGAUAUCAAUCUUUGGUGAGAAGACCACAUCACCAUCCUCCCCUGUCAAGCGUUUCCCCAUCCCACCCAAAUAA